AAAAAUAGUUAAUGAAAUAAGUAGUAAAUCCUCCUUAGAAAAAGGGAAAAACAAACAUCGAAAUGAUUUAUUACCACCAGUUAAAAAUAAUACUAGGGGAGAACAAGACGAAUUUCUAAAAGAGGCUUAUCGAAUUGAUUCUCAUAUCAAUAAUUUAAAGAUUUUUCUACUUUCAAUUCGAAAAGUUUACCUAAACACAGCAUCGCAACACUAUACUCCUUCAAACUUUAGCUAUAAUGACAGUUUUAACCUAUCCACCUUUGAUAGUAAUGAUGAUAAAAAUUUCCUUUCGAAAUUUAAUCCUUCCACAAAUUUGACAGAUAAAGAACGAGAUGAAAUUGACUUACAAGCUAAAAUGAUUAUACAACAAUGUCUAGAUCGAAUUAAGAAAUUGGAAGAAUCCGAAAAAAAACGGCAAAAUUCAGUUAUGAAUAAUACAUGGAAUAAAAUAUUGUCGACAGCUUUUUCGGCCGAAGGACAUGAUAUGCUACCAGCUAUUCGUAGUAGUAUAACAUGGUAUUUAAAUAAACGGUUAACUGAAGUUUCAAUGAUACAAAAAAAUCAACAGGAAACAAGGAUCAUGAAAGAAAUUGAAAAGCGUGAAAGCACAUUGUACAAGUCAGCUUCAAUUAGACCUUCUACCCCAUUACCAUUUCCAACAAUGAUAAAUGAAGAAAAAGAGAUACCAGGAAAACAUGAUGACGAGUUAAAUGGAGGUACAAUGGUAACAGAUGAUGAUGAUGAUAUUGAACGACACUUGACAACUGAACAAAAAAUGAUGUUGGAAAUGGAAAACGAAACAAUGAUGAAAGAAUUAGCGACGUCUUUGGAACAAGUCAAUCAAGCUGAAAAGGCAUUAUUAGAGAUAUCCAAUUUACAAUCAGUUCUUUCAAAUCAUUUAGCAGUACAGACACAACAAACAGAUAGAUUAUAUGCCGAAGCUAUUGCUACUACCGAUAGAGUACAAGAAGGAAAUUUGAUGUUACAGCAAGCUAGGCAAAGGGCUUCUGACACAAGGAAAUGGGUUCUCACAUUUUUAAUAAUAGCCAGUUUCAUUCUACUAUUCUUAGAUUGGUAUGAUUAA